AUGGCUAACACAGGAGUUUUACCGUUUGUUCGUGGAGUUGAUUUUAGUAAAAAUGACUUUUCCGAAGGCAAAUUCCCAGAAUCUGUUCGACUGAUGAUAGGAAUUCAAUGGCUCAAAUUAGAUAGCACUAAUUUGACAGAAAUUCCAGAGGAAAUGGGAAAACUUUUAAAAUUGGAACAUUUGUCACUUACUAAAAAUAAAUUGGAAAGAUUAUUUGGAGAACUUACAGAACUAGCUUGUUUAAGAACAUUAAAUAUUCGAAACAAUAAUAUAAAAUCUAGUGGUAUUCCAGCAGAGUUAUUUCAUCUUGAAGAACUCACUACAUUAGAUUUGAGUAAAAACAAUUUACGAGAAAUUCCAGAAGGAUUAGAAAAAGCUCGAGCAUUACUUAAUCUUAACUUGAGCCACAACCACAUCGAAGCAAUACCAAAUGCAUUGUUCAUUAAUUUAACGGAUCUACUAUUUCUUGACCUUAGCCAUAACAAACUAGAAACGCUACCUCCUCAAACUCGUAGGCUUGCUAAUUUACAAACCUUGAAUUUAAACCACAACCCACUUGGCCACUUUCAAUUGAGGCAGUUACCAUCUUUGAUGAAUUUAACAACUUUACAAAUGCGUAAUACUCAACGCACGUUAAAUAAUAUUCCUUCUAAUUUGGAAUGUUUGACAAAUUUACAAGAAUUAGACUUGUCAGAGAAUGCAUUGCCAAAAGUACCAGAUGCUUUAUAUUCUUUGCCAAACUUACGUAGGCUCAAUUUAAGUGACAAUCAAAUUUCUGAGAUCUCAACAGCUAUAGAAAUGUGGCAAAAAUUAGAAACAUUAAAUCUAUGUCGUAAUAAAUUAACAGCUUUACCUGUUUCACUUUGUAAAAUGUCAUCUCUAAGAAGAUUAUAUCUUAAUGAUAAUGAAUUGGAUUUCAAAGGCAUACCCUCAGGAAUAGGGAAGCUUUCUUCUUUGCAAGUCUUCUCUGCAGCCAAAAACCGUCUGGAAAUGAUUCCAGAAGGACUUUGCAGAUGUGGGUCUUUGAAACAAUUAAUUUUAACUUCUAACAGACUUAUAACGGUACCGGAUGCUAUACACUUACUGACUGAUUUAGAUUGUCUAGAUUUAAGAGAUAAUCCAAAUUUAGUUAUGCCUCCAAAACCUACAGAAGUUCAAAAAGGAUCAGGUGUAGAAUUUUAUAACAUCGAUUUUUCUUUACAACAUCAGUUGCGCUUGGCUGGAGCCAAUAUUCCAGCACCUGCACAGACAGCAAACAGUAGUAAAGAUCCAAUUGCAAGAAAAAUGAGGCUGAGAAGACGUCGCGAUCAAGAGGAAGCUGAUCAAGAUCAAGCAAAAAUAUUAAAGGGCAUGAAAGAUAUAGCAAUAGAUAAAAAUAAGGACAGCAAUUGCAAAGAUAUUAAAACAGAAUCAUUGAAACCGAAAAGAUGGGAUGAAACAUUGGAAAAACCACCUCUUGAUUAUUCUGAAUUUUUCGAUGAAGAUGCUGGCCAAGUUCCUGGAUUAUCUAUUUGGGAAAUUGAAAAUUUUUUACCAAAUCAAAUUGAUGAAGUUGCUCAUGGAAAAUUUUAUGAAGGAGAUUGCUACAUUAUUUUAAAAACAAGCAUUGAUGACAGUGGUUCAUUUGUGUGGUCGAUAUAUUUCUGGAUUGGAGAAAAAGCUACACUUGAUAAACGAGCUUGUGCGGCUAUUCAUGCGGUUAAUUUACGAAAUUUCCUUGGAGCUCAAUGUCGAACAAUUAGGGAAGAGCAAGCAGAUGAAUCUGACGAAUUUUUAAUGCUUUUUGAAUCUGGUAUUACGUAUAUUGAAGGAGGUCGUACAUCCUCCGGCUUUUUCACCGUUGAAGACACUCCUGCUGUCACAAGAUUAUACAGAGUUCAUGCAGCUGGCGCUUCUAUACAUUUAGAACCUGUGCCUGUUGAUCCUCAAUCCUUAGACCCGAAUUUUGUUUUUGUUCUGGAUUGUGGAAUAACUAUUUUUAUGUGGUAUGGCAAAAAUGCGAAAAAUACCUUAAAAUCUAAGUCAAGAUUAUUAUCUGAAAAAAUUAAUAAAAAUGAGAGAAAAAAUAAAUCAGAAAUCAUUACUGAAAUGAUGGGAUCUGAAUCAGAGGAAUUUUGGAAACAUUUAGGAGCAGAUGAGCCCGUGGUACCAAAAGUACACGUUGAUCCUGAAUUUGUACCAGUCACUCCGAGAUUAUAUCAAGUUAGAUUAGGAAUGGGCUAUUUGGAAUUACCUCAAGUUGAAGUGCGUCACGGUAAACUAGUCAAUUCCCUAUUAAAUAACCGAAAUGUUUACAUAUUAGAUUGUUAUUUAGAUGUUUUUGUGUGGUUCGGGAAAAAAUCGACUCGCUUAGUACGAGCUGCUGCUGUAAAAUUAUCGCAAGAGUUAUUUAAUAUGAUUCAGAGACCAAAUUAUGCGUUGGUAACUAGAUUGCAGGAAGGAACUGAAUCCCAAAUAUUUAAAUGUAAAUUCACUGGUUGGGAUGAAGUAAUAGCAGUGGAUUUCACUCGAACUGCAGAAUCUGUUGCCAAAACUGGUGCUGAUUUAACUAAGUGGGCUAAGCAACAGGAAACAAAGGCUGAUCUUUCUGCUCUCUUCAUGCCAAGGCAACCUUCUAUGUCUCAAACUGAAGCUGAACAGUUAACAGCUGAAUGGAAUGAUGACUUAGAAGCUAUGGAGUCCUUUGUUUUAGAAGGAAAAAAAUUUGCUCGAUUACCAGACGAAGAAUUGGGACAUUUCUACAGUCGCGAUUGUUAUGUUUUUCUUUGCAGAUACUGGAUUCCUUUGGAUGUCAAUGAAAAUGAUGACGGCGAAGAACAAUGUAAAGAUGAUUUUCAAUGUACUGUCUACUUUUGGCAAGGAAGAGAUGCUGGAAAUAUGGGUUGGCUUACUUUUACAUUUAGUUUGCAGAAAAAAUUCCAAAUGCUAUUUGGUGAAAAAUUGGAAGUUGUACGGACACAUCAGCAGCAAGAAAAUCUCAAAUUCAUGGCUCUUUUCAAACGAAAGUUUAUAAUUCAUCAAGGAAAAAGAAAAGAAAUAAAAUCAGCAGAUGCAAAUAAAGUUGAAUUUUAUCAUUUAAGAAGUAAUGGCAGCUCUCUUUGUACUCGGCUUAUCCAAAUAACUCCGGAUGCAUCUUUAUUAAAUUCAGCUUUUUGCUAUAUACUAAAUGUACCAUUUAAUAAUGAUGAUGCAACAGGGAUUGUUUAUGUAUGGAUUGGUUCAAAAAGUGAUAAUGAAGAUGCAAAACUUAUUCAAGAAAUAGCAGAAGAAAUGUUCAAUAAUCCUUGGAUCAGCCUUCGAAUUUUAAGUGAAGGAGAAGAACCUGAAAACUUCUUCUGGGUUGCAUUGGGUGGUAAAAAACAGUAUGAGACUGAUGCUGGAUUUAUGCAGUACACACGACUAUUUAGAUGUUCUAAUGAAAAAGGAUACUUUACCAUUAGUGAAAAAUGUACAGAUUUUUGUCAGGAUGAUUUAGCUGAUGAUGAUAUCAUGAUACUAGACAAUGGAGAGCAAGUAUUUUUGUGGUUGGGCACUAGAUGUUCAGAAGUGGAAAUAAAACUAGCAUACAAAUCUGCUCAGGUAUACAUACAACAUCUGAGAGUUAAACAGCCUGAGAGACCGCGAAAAUUGUAUUUAACUGCCAGAGGAAAAGAAUCUCGUCGAUUCACUAAAUGCUUUCAUGGGUGGGGAGCUCACAAACGCCCACCAGAAUAGGUUUGAGGUAAAACUACUCGGCAAUUAUUGUAUAUUCGCACAUUGAUAAAAGAAACCUUGGAAAAAGUCUUCCACUUCUUUGAUAUUGUUUUUAUCACCUAUUAUCUAUUGAAUUCCAACAAAUUCAAUGUAUGUGUUUGAGUUUGAAAGCAUACUUAAAUUUAAUAAUUAAAUUCAAAUUUAAAUUUUUUAUUGGAAAAGA